AUGCACAAAUCGGCUGCUUUCGCGCUCCUUAUCGCCCAAUGCUUCGCGCAGACACAGGUCUCACCGGACCUGUACAAGAAGAUUGAGCGCUAUACAGAAUUCUCUGCUGCAUCCUAUGCCGACUCCUGUACCAUGCCUCCCUCUGGCAGCACCGUUGUGCAAUACUUCAACGACAACGCAACAGACUCCCAAGCCACCCUGUUCGAGGACGCGCAGGCAAAAGAGUUGAUUAUCGCCUUUCGAGGCACUUCCACUCCAAGGGACCUCGACACGGAUUUCAACUUCAGCCUGGUGCCCCUGACAGCGGCUGGGACGGAUUGCUCCAAGUGCAAGGUCCAUUCUGGCUUCCACGGAGCCUACGAAGCUUUGUCGGACGACGUUUCUUCCAAAAUCGAAUCUGAACUCUCUGCUCACCCGGACUACUCCUUGACAGUGACAGGCCACUCUCUCGGCGGUGGUAUAGCGGCCAUCGCCACAGCGGCUUUUACAGGCCUCGGCCAUGAAGUCACGACAUACACAUUCGGGGAGCCCAAAAAUGGCGAUCAGGCAUUCGCGGAUUAUCUGGAAAGCCAAAUCCCAGAUGAACACUACUACCGCAUCACCCAUGCCAAUGACGGUGUUCCGCAGAUUCCUCCUGCCUUGCUCGACUAUGUGCACCAUGGGACCGAGUACUGGCAGAAGGAGAAAGGGAAGAAUGAUGCUACCACGACGUUUGUCUGUGGGAAGGGGAGUUCUGAAUGCAACGCUGCGCAGGACUUUGGGGACAAUCCUAUCAAUCGGGCACAUUUGACGUAUACCAGUAGUGUUAUUGGGAGCUCGCUGAAUGUUGUUGCUUGUGGUGCGGAGGAAAUCUAG